AUCAGUUGUUUUUGCGUAGUAGCUUGAACCUGUGCAAGUUUCAGCUCAAUUGUUGAAACCUCUCUUCCAAAACUGUGUGAAUCUUUAUUAUUUAAGGCAACCCUUUAACCUAUCAAUUAUCUCAUUGGAAUAAAUAUUACCACUUCUUUCUACUACCACAUUUAUAACUUAUCACCUGCAUUGAUCAAUAAAUGUCAGUGUUUUUCUCUGGUAUUUUUGAAGUAAGCACGAAUGGUCUCCAUAAUAUAAAGUGUUUACAGUUCGGGGCCUGUUAAAAUGUAGUUUGUUUAUUUCCUCUGGUUUGUUUUGACAGGUUAUCUCUGUAGAGAACGAGAAUGUUUUUGACUUCGAGUUUAAAUACUUCAACGAUACAAACAAACCAACGAUGGAUGAGCCAAACACUGCUGAUCUCACAAAGCCAGAUGGAAACCUUGAGCUCAACAUUGGCAAGAUAAACAUUGUCUUUCUGUAUCGAUUCAUCUCUGAACUGUUGCAAUUUGUUGAACCUUUGACAAGUCCUCAAUCAACCGAGUAUGUAAAAGCAACUGCACAAAGAGCAGCCACCGAACAAAUAGAGUCGAUUCAAAGCCAGGGAACCCGCAUUGCUUUACAAGUGGCAAUCAGUGCUCCACUCGUGAUAAUUCCGCGCCACUCUCACUCGGUCGAUAUGCUUCUUGUUGAUCUGGGACAUUUGGAUCUUCAGAAUGAAUUUGAUCUUCUACCAUUGCCAGGUGAACACGACGACAAGGAGAGUGUAUUUGAUGUCAUGGAAUUGUCUCUACAAUCAGUGCAGCUAACGAGGGGUGUCAUGGAUUUAAGUUCAUCUGCUGUUGUCAAGCGACAUCUUAUCGAGCCAAUAAAACUUGAUGCGAACAUAAAACGUUCACUGCAGCCUUCUUGCCAAGACGUCCCGGUUCUAGAAUGUUCUGCCACCUUGGACUUUGUUAAGAUGAAUCUGGGUCAACAAGAUUACCACGUACUCACUACACUUUUUCAAGAAAAUCUAAAGGAAUCUGAAAGUUACGCUUUGAUGGAAGAGGCAAAUCAAACAUCUGAAAACUUGGCAGAGGAACAAGAAGAACAGAUUGAACCUACUAUUGCAACUAAUGCUUCAUCAGAACCUGGUCCAACUCAGGAAGCUACUGACACAGUGUGGGAUCAGAUGGUGUUUUCAUUUGAUCUUGCCGGAGCGAGCCUUACUCUGUACAGUAAUGAGAAACCUCUGGAUCCGUUUGAUUCCCAGUCAUCGUUUUGCGAUCCAGCAACACGGUUAUGUCUGUGUGAAGUGGACAAAAGUGUGGUUACCGUUGUUUUGCCCAGUGACAGAUCUGUUCAAAUUCAUUGCAUGCUUAAUGGCUGCGUAGUGGAAGACGUUAGAAAAGGAACAGUUUCUGCUUUUCCAAGGUUAAUCGACAAGAAAAAGGCGACAAAUGCCAGUGUUACAAAAUCUCCCAGCAAAGAAAUGUGUGACAUAGCUUUCUGCCAGUUGCCUUCUGGAGAGAUGAAAGUCGACAUUUCCUUGCAAAAUGCUACCAUCUUUGUGAACUUUCCUUUUAUACUUCCUUUACUGGAGUUCUUCACCGCCCCAUCGUCUGAUUUGUAUGAGCGGGAGCAGCGUCAAACCACAAUUGCCAGCCAAACAUCAUUCGUUACUUCCCCUGGUCGAGUCCUUGAUCCUGGAAACGGGGAUGUGCCCUUGCAUAGGCUUGAAAGUGAAGUUAUCACUGCAACUGGGGCUCUUAACCAGGUGGAUGCUCUCAAAGUAGAAGGAGAUGUGGCGGCUCAAGUCUCGUACUACAAUGAAUGUCUGGCCGCUUGGGAACCGUUACUUGAGCCGGUAAUCGUGGAGGAAGAGAAGACCAUGUGGAAAGUACAAGUUAAGCUCUUUCUGGCAGAAGGGUAUGUAUCAAGCUUCUCUCCAAAAGAUGUGGAAUCGUGCGACGGUCCUCCGCGAGACAUCACAGAUGCUUCUAAGCCUGCGGAUGUGACUGACUCUGGUUUACGGUCUCAAGCACAGAAAAGAACUUCCAUUAAACGGCCCCGGCGACUGUCUUCGUUGCAGUGUUCCGGUAGGCGAGGAUGGUCAGGAAAGAGAUCAAAGGGUCGUCAGUAUCCAAUUGACACCACAUCUGAUGAUGAAGACGAUCUUGACUAUGAAGGAGCCAUGGCCACUUUUGUCCAAUCCACGAAAAGGGUGUUUGCAGACCCCACCAGCGAUGCCAAGAGCUACCACGCUGUAGAUGCAAUAGAUGCAGUACCACCUGAUGAAGUCGAUGCUACCGAUCGAGACAGACAGUCGCAAGCUACUUAUGUGGUCAUCAAUUCACAUGACGACUUGCAGCUGACUGUUACGCCAAGAGCUAUACAGAUCUUAUCUGAACUGAGUGAGCUAUGGACAGUGGAUAGAAGGAAGAAGCUAAGAACAGUUCCAGGACCAACAUUUGUCAUUCAUAAUGAGCUUGGAAUUCAUUCAGCAGUUACUGUGAGCCCGAACCAUCAGGUUCCAGACACGGAUCAACUAUCGGUUCGUCAGAGAACUCGAAAACAGCCAGCUGUCAGACAGCAGAGUCUGGCAGAUGUCGCGAUGGAGCUGCCCAAUAGCUCCAACAAAUGUCAACACCGGGACCUAAAGCGCAUCUUGUCUGAGCCUCUCUUUAAUCACCUCAGGGACAAACUACAAAAAAUAAGAAAGAAACGAGCUUCUUCUGAACCUUUAUCACUAGAGGCCAUCAGACAACGAAAACGUUUCCAGCAGAAUCCGGUCUCCUUCCAAAUUGGCGAACAGCAAGGGAAGACAAGCAGUCUCAAGAAAAAGUUGUCUCCAGAUUCAGCCGCAGAGUGCGGUGGGAAAACUGCAAGGUCACCACAAGGUCCUAAGCUAUCUUCAAGUCCAAGCAAAGAGUCGAUACCGGAGGAUGAAGCCAUAGCUAUAAAGGCAAACAACGAUAUUGAGAUGUUAAGUGCCCAUCCACCCCCAGAAGAACAUGAAAAAAAUGAUCCUCGUUCUACUUUUGAAACUGACGUCGGUCAUACCAUUGCCAACAUCGGUGCCCUAGUUGGUGGAAUUUUUGCACCACAUCAUGUUGCAGAGAGCAACGAACAAGAUAGUGAAGCUGCAGGACCUGAUAGUGCUGUGGACGAUGACAACAUUAUCUCUGUGACUGUGGAUGGAUUUUACAAUGUCUCUCUCAUCUCUAUUGCUCGAUCUGGAUCGUAUUUACAUAAGCUUUCUCCAAAAGAUGCUGUGCUUCAAGAGGUAAUUGCUGGAUACCUGCUAUUCAUGGUUCUUGUCGAGAUGUUGGGUUUGAUCAAGCAUUCGCUAAGAGAUUACAAAGAAGUCAACUGGAUUGGACAGUUAACUGUGAAGAGAGAAGGUGGCAAGUCGCAAGAAUUGCUAAUGCAAUCUCAGGAAGAAACUGCGAAAGAACUUUCCCUUGGAGUAUUAUCAAUGCAUCAAUCUGGAACAAGAGAACUAUUUAUCUACUCCCCAUACUGGCUUAUCAACAAAACUGGAUUGCACGUCGAGUACAGGGUCUCAAGAACUAAGCAAGUCUAUCAGCAAUUUGCUGUGGAAAAGCACCCACUUCUCUUCAAUUUCACUGAAAAGUCUUACAGAAAGGCCAGACUCAGAGUAUUGGGACAUUCUUGGUCGAGUAAGUUUUCUUUGGAUGCUGUGGGGGAUUCUGGAAAAGUUACGUGUAAAGCAAGCGAGGCCACAAAGUUUGAGUUUAUUUUGCAAAUCGAAAUGUCAAGAACAGGUUUGACAAAGAUAGUGACGUUGACUCCUAAAUACGUCAUCAUCAACAAUACAGAGAUCUCGGUGUCGUUUACUGAAAAUAAGGUCAAAAAUGCUCUGUGGUUUGUUGUGGAACCAGGAGAGAGCAAGCCAUUUUGGCCAAGAGACAAGUCCAGCUCUAUCGUUUUGAAGCCAACCUUGUCAAACGUGAUCUCGCAACCGUUCAAUUUCAACUCGUCGCAUACAACAGUUCUGAGGAUUCCUCAGCUCCAGGCCCUCACGGUCGACGUUCAUGGCGAAGUAGAAGACUCUGUUACAACUAUAGUGGUAACACACUUCUCCCCUGGAAUUGGAACGAUUAGAAUUGAAAACCUGUGUGACAACAUUCCAAUCCGGUUCCAUCAGAAGGAUUCUGGGCAAGUCACUCUCCUAGAUUCCAAGAAAAUGAUCCUUUACACGUGGGAUGAUCCCCGAGGCGUCAGAAAACUCUUCUGGAAACCAUACAUGGCAAUAGAUAAGCCAGUAGAGAUCCCAGUGGACAAGGAUGAUUUCGGUGAAAUUCGAGUGGAACUAGAUGAGAGCACGCCGCCUGUCGACGAUGACCGGAAGCAAUUAGAAGACAGAGACGCCACUUGUGGACUGCUUUGUGGAUCAUCGGUCGCGGUACCUGAAAGAGUGGAUGACUUGGACAGCGUUGAUGGGCCGAUGUACCAGAGAGUCAAGAAAACCAUCCAUUGGGUAUCUGUAAUGGAUGGCCUUCAGAGAGUACUGAUAUUUGCUGAUGAUGAGAAUCUUUCAUGCCUUGCUCGAAAGUGUUGUGACUAUGAAGUUGUGAACAUGGAGCUGUUCAUUUCACUGGAUGGAGUUGGUUUGUCUCUGGUUAACAGCAAACCCGAUGAAGUAGCGUACAUUAAGUUGCGAAGAUCGGCUUCAGUGUGGCAGGUGGAGAGAUCGCCUGGAAGAUGGAAAACUCUAAAUCUAGAGUGGUCCACUUGGUUGGAAGAUGCCUGGAGUAAUAAUGCUGGUGAAGUCACUUUGGAAGACAAGGAGGUUAACUUUAACUCAAUGAGUAUGAGUCGUCCUUAUAGAGGUGCCAUUCGAAGACUGUUUGAACCUGCUCUGUGGUUUAACUACACGAGCUCGGACCAUUAUCACAGUUUGCACUGUAAAAUGCACCACAUUCAGAUUGAUAAUCAGCAUAUUGGUACCGUUUUUCCUGUUGCCCUUUAUCCUUCUCCACUUCCUGUGUCCGUCAUUCAGAGAUCUGGGUUCAAGCCUUUCAUUGAAGUCUCACUGAUUUACCACCAAGUCCCAAGAGAAGGCAUGCAUCACAUUAAGUAUGCCAUGGCGCUGGUACAGGAGAUGAAUGUCAAAGUUGACAAAGAAUUGAUUAUUUCCUUGGCCAGCCUUUUCAGCCAACAGAAAGAACUUCUGGAAGAGGAAACCUAUUUUGAAGAAGACAUGAAGAGAGUCGCGGUACCAUUAAGAGAAACAGAGGCGGUCAAAGCUGCGUUGGAGACCCAGAAAGUUUUCCUGGAAUUCUUUCAUUUGUCCCCACUCAAGAUCAAUCUCAGCUUUUCACUGGCGUCUUCGUUUGACGAAGACGAUGAAGACCAAGCUUUUGCUCACGACUUGUUGGACUUCUUUAUUGAUUCUAUCGGGGCAACGCUGACGGACAUCAACGAUGUUGAAUUAAAGAUGGCAUGUUUUGAACGUGUCAGUGUAUUUUUGACUCAAGAAAACCUUCUUGCCCAGAUCAGGCGACAUUAUACCAUGCAGGGUGUUCGCCAAGUCUAUGUCCUUGUAUUGGGCCUUGAUGUAAUUGGUAACCCGUACGGGCUCAUUCAUGGGAUUGGCGAGGGAGUCAGAGAUUUCUUCUACGAGCCUUACCAGGGUAUCAUUGCAGGGCCCAGCGGGUUUGCUGAAGGAGUGGCUCGCGGUGUGAAGAGUUUGUUGGGUCACGUGAUAGGUGAUACCGCAGGGGCGUUUUCUCGUAUUACUGGCUCCUUGGGACAGGCGGUAGCUACGCUUACAUUUGACUCAAAUUUUCAGAUGCGGAGACGAAUGCGCAUGCGCAUAGGGCCUGAAGGCGUCGGCCAAGGACUGUUAAUGGGAGGAAAGAGUUUUUUAAUGGGUCUCUUCUUUGGAGUGACCGGCGUUGUAGUGAAACCUGUGGAAGGCGCUGGAGCAGAGGGUGUCGAAGGGUUCUUCAAGGGGAUUGGAAAAGGUCUCCUUGGACUGCUAGUUCAUCCAACCGGGGGAGUUGUUGACAUGGUCAGCUUUACACUUGAUGGAGUGAGAAGGUCAGUGGAACAGAACGGCGAAGACAUCCCUAUAAGGAAUAGGCUUCCUCGCUUUACAGCUCCCAAUAUGCCUCUCAAGCCGUUUUCAGAACAUGACGCUGAAGGAAAUGGUAUCUUAAAGAGUUUAGAUCAAUUUGAUGAUGUUUAUGUUGACCACAUGGGCAUUACAGAGGAAGAAUCGAGUGUAGUUGUCCUGUGGACUGACAGAAGGAUACUCAGUUUGUAUCAAAGGAAAUUUUGGCGCGGUUGGAAGGUGAAAUGGCACUGUUUGUACGAGAACAUCGCUGGCUUUCCUUUUCUUAUGGCAAAUGCACUUGUCAUCAAAGAAGAAUCCACGAAGGAUCAUGGUUCAAUUAGUGACCUUUCAGUUUCUACACAUGAGGUUGUUUCCAGCAACAAGUCAGAACUUGAGACUUUGAAAUCGAAGAUUGACAACGCUAUCCGUCACUACCGGUGAACAAGAAAUUCAAAGCCAGCAAAAUGCAGAGUGGAAGUAAAUGGCAGUUUGACUGUGGAAUGUACUUGCUAACGUUCAGGUCCAAUUCGUAGAGGAAGAAAAAUGGUUUUAGUCAGGAAAAUGUUCAUUAUUAGUUAGGUUACAUUUUUUCCAAUUCGAUAGAUAAUAAAUAUUUUUUUUUAUGUCAUCGCUAAGCAAAAUUGGACAAAAGACAAAAUUAUUCAACUUUCAUGUAUGAAAACCCUAUUGUAAAGAAAUCAUAAAUUAUUCCAUUUAGACAAAAAAAAGGAGAGACUAGUGGAACGUGUUGUUAAAA